AUGGCCGAGCUAAAGCAGCACCUUAAAGAUGCCAAGAGCUACUUGGCUAGCCAGGACUAUGAAUAUUCAAUUGAAAGUUCGAAUGAAGCAUUGAAGCUGGACAAAAACUGCUUUUUUGCGCAUGUAUUCCUGGGCAAGGCAUAUGCUUGCAUCAAUGAGCUGUCGAACUCUAAGAGACACUACAAGACUGCUAUCGAUCUAGAGCCUGACAAUCUUCUGGCCUGGAAGGGCCUUUUCAUGUUGUUGAAAGUUAGCGAAAUAGCUCCUAAUAUCGUGUCCUUCGACGAGUACUUCGACCUGUGUGGAGAAUAUGCAGAACUAUUAUUACAGAAACAACAAUCGUUGAUCGAUCUAAUAAGUGACGUUCGUAACUUCAAAAAUUUCCACAAAAACUGCCAGGAGUCUUACCUCAGGCACAUGCGACCUGGGGGACCCGUGAGCGAAACUUUAUCUCGGCACUUGAUUUCUGCUCAAGAUGCGCUUCAGGGCCUUCUUAAUAUCGUCAAUUCCGAAGAGCAACAGAAAGUAGCCAAGCUGGUCAGCCGCGAGAGGUUGCGAAUUAGUGCCAAUGAUCCAGACUAUGAUGUAAAAGUCAAUUCCAUUGCAUGGGAAGUGUACAAAGAGUUUGAAGUGGAUGCGUUCUAUCAACAGUUAAUUAAUAUAACAGACGAUGAUGAAAAAAGACGGGACCUUGAGGCUAAGUGGCUCGAAUACAGAAUUAAGGUUCUGAAAUCUAUGCCUGCAGACAUAAAGCCUCAAUUUUUCUUGAAAGUGAAGAACAUGGUUGAAGACAUGGUAGUGGUAAACCACGAUUUUUUGUUAGCAUGGCAUUUAUAUUUUGAAUGGCAAGAUUAUGCAAAUCUCAACGAUAUGGACAUUAAUAUCGUAUCCAAAUUUGUCAAACAAUUUCCAAAGGAGCCCCUGGCAGCCAUCCUAUAUGCGUGGGUUUGUUCAGAACAGUCCACAUAUAGUGCUAAGGAAUUUUAUGAAAGAACUUUCCACGAUGAACCCAAGCGGAACAAUACUUCGUCAGCAGAGUCAGUCAUGGAGACGGUGGAUGACGAGGUAGACGAGUCUGAAAAACAGAGGUUGCAACAAUUAGUGGAUCCCUCGGUUGAUGAACCAGUGUCUGGGCUCUCAGAGGAUGAGGCUCUGCUUUCUCUUUCGAACAACAUAAAAAGAACACAACAAAGCAUCGUGGCUCAUCGCAUUGUUUGCAGGUACUACACUUCCACACAUGAAUACGAAUCAGCGCUUCAAUAUGUUAAAGCCGGUACUCUUUUAUGUGCUCAAAACGUUAAAAGUAUUGGUGCUCAUCUCAGAAACUCCAAGCGCGAGCUGACUUUGGAUUUUGCUACGAUAUAUACAUAUUUCGAGGCACCUAAAAAUCACCCCACCGCUCUGGCACUGUUUGAAAAGCUCCUUGCUGAUGAUCCCGAAAAUGUAAAUGCGAAGAUGGGAAAGGGUUUGAUUUUCAUAGAGCGACAGAAAUGGCAGGAUGCGUUUGACCUGCUAAAGGCGGUGUCAGAACGAUAUAUGGACAACUACGAAGUACUUUCCGAGCUUGCUUGGAGUGAGCUGCACUUGAAAGAGUACGACUCGGCCAUUGACAAAUUCAAAUACAUUUUGAACAACGUUGAGGGAGCUGAUUUAAAAGUUUUGGAAUUUAGAUCAUUGAACCACUGGAGAAUGGCCAAGGGAUAUAUAAGUAAGCAAAGUGAUCAGUCCAUCAUUACAGCUGAGUCUGAGUAUAUCAAGCUUGCUUUUAGACAACUCGUCCAGGCUGUCAAAAUUUCUGAGAACUUUGGUCGCGGGUAUUCCACGCUAGGAGAUAUUUAUGAUCAGCAUUACGGUGACCCAACCCGUGCUUUCAAAUGCUACUUCAGAGCCUUCGAAUUGGACCCCAGUGAUCUGACUGCGGCCGAGUACAUGUGUCGCGUAUACUGCGACUCUUGUAAUUGGUCGUCUGCUUCACUAAUUGCUGAGAGGGUAGUAAAAGCCGAAAAAUCAAAAAUGGCCUUACAAGCCACGAACUGGCCCUACCGUGUCCUUGGGAUUGCUUGUCUAGAGAAGCAGUCGGAGUCAGAAUCUAUUGAGUGGUUUCAGUCAGCCUUGCGCGUCAAUUCCUUGGAUUUGGAGUCCUGGAUUGGAUUAGGUCAAGCGUACUACUCGUGUGGACGAAUAGAAGCUUCAGUAAAAGUAUUUGAAAAAGCUUUGGAAGUUGAGCCUGAAAAUUACCAUGCCCAAUAUUUCAAAGCUCUUUCGUUGUCGAAACUGGGAUUGUACGAUGAAAGUCUUGCCAUCCUCCGUGCUCUCGCUGAUGCCGAUCCUCUGGCUGAGAGCACUCAAGUAUCUUUGGUGGAAAUAUGGGUUGAAUACUGUACUGUGCUUUGUGCGCAGGGAUAUUUGACUAAAUCUGUAUCUCUCGCUGCCGAUGCUAUACGCCUUAUCGAGCAUAUAAUGGUGAACAUUAGUCACAGUACUCAGGCCCUAUGGUUGGCGCUCACCCAUGCGCUGAGGCUAUUUUGUGUGGUUCAAUCCCAGGUUGAUAUCCUGCCGCUCGAAAGCUUAGUUAAUAUCUUUGAUGUUUUAGAGCUGAAAAAUACUGACGAAGUUGACGCUGUUGACUCAAUAACACUCUCAGGUUUGUUUUCAGAGACUGACCAGGAUAAUGUUGCAAUUUCCACGAAGUUUUUGAUUCUUUCGGCAAAAUAUGCCCUUGCAUGCUGUGAGCUUUCGGCUUUAUCGAGAACUGUUCGGGCUUCUCUCUGGUAUAACCUUGGAGUUACCGAACUACUAGCGUUUGUCAUCUUAAAAUCAAACAACCUUCGAGAUGCAGCGAUUAUUAGCUUCAAAAAGUCCAUUGGUUUCCAAUCCAACACUGCCGAAGCCUGGAUUGGCUUUGGAAUUGCUUCCAUAGACCUCAAUGUGCGCGUAGCUCAGCACUGCUUCAUCAAAGCAGCCGCUUUGGGCCCAAAGGAUACAAGCGUGUGGUAUGAUAUGGCUUUGCUUGCAUUAAAAUACAACGAUUUUGAAUUCGCGCGAGCUGUGUUGAUGAAGUCGCAAAGUAUAAGCCCUCAGGACGCAAAACCGUGGCUAGGGCUGGCAUUGACAUCUGAGAAAGAGGGUUUGAUAGGGGAAAGUCGGCGUUUGUUCGCACAUUCUUUUGUGCUCUCGAAUGGGAAGUCAACAGCAACUCAAAUUCUAUAUGCGAAGAGCAUAUUGGCUGCACGCAUCGGUAGCGGUGAUGAUGAAAGGGACAUUGGACCCGGCCAAGAACUCAGCGCCGUCGCAUUCGGCCUUGAUGAAUAUUUGAAGAAACAUCCCGAUGAUAAGUUUGCCUUGCAGUGUGCAGUUUUGGCGCGUGAAAGACUACAUCACUUUGAAGCUGCACGAAAGCUUUCUAAUCGACUUCUAGAAAUUUUGGAGAAGCGUUUCGAGCAGGCCCAAGAUGAUGCUGAGCUCAUAAAUUUUGCCUCUAUCAAGAGCCAAAUGGCGCGUGUUUAUUUGGGCUCUAAAGCAUACGAUUCUGCUAUCGAAAGUGCAGAUUUAUCUCAAGGAAUUAUGUGUGAACACGAAGAUCAAGUGGCAAUCAAAUCCAUUCUAUCGAAUCACAUUGUCAUGGGCUUGGGGCAUUUUUUCUUGGAUAGAUUUGAUGAAGCUCUGAACCACUUCAAAGUGCUUUUAGAGCACCCGGGCCAACAUAAACAGAUAGUCAUUAUGAUUGCCAAAAUUCUUUACAACGUCGACUCGGAGGAAACACGCGAAGUGGCACUCAGCGAACUCCUUGACUAUGUCGGCGUCCAUGGGCCAGAUCUGACGAUAACUUUUACGAUUUCCGCUAUAUCUAUACUAGAAAGUCGCCCUGAUGAGAUGAUGGCGAUUUUGGCUGAACUUGAGGGAUUGUCUCUCUCCGGCUUAAUGUCCGAUAGGCAUCGCGAUGUACCAUUUCUCAUUGAAAAAGUGAAGGACAAACUUUCGAAAGAUAACGACUCCCGGAAGCAUUGGCAAAGGUCAGCCUUUUUCUUCCCUAAUGACUGCGAAUCUUGGGAAACUUUGGACAACAAAAUUCAGCUGCGAGUGUCCACCGAGGGCCAAAGUAAGGUAAGCGCAAAGACCAUGAGUGAUUUUUACUGCAAUCUGGAGAAUCUGUCAAAAAUUCAACGAGGUAUCUUUUUGUGCCCAUGGAACAAACAUGCGUUGGCCAAACUUGGAGGCUGCUUCUGA